GACUCAAAAACCACAAAACCAAAAGAAACCAAACCACCCCGUUCUCUCUCUGUCUCUCUUUUUCUCUUUCCUCCUCUCUCUCUAAACCCUAAACACGAAGACUUUCUUUUCUCUUUCUGAAAUUUUAAACUCGCAAUCCGAUGUUCUAAUCCGACAAAUCUCUGCGUUGAUCCAGUUUACAUAGAGACAAUCCAGAUGUAUGGGUUUAUUGUUACAGUGCUCUGCAGAUUGAUUGACAACUCCAAUUGAACAUAUGCUGCAAAGGUGACCAAAAUGAACUUUGGGUUUCUUGGUAAUAUCCCUUGGUUUAGGGCCCAAUCAAACAAUGAUUUGGAACCAGCUCUACCAACAACUUCCCUUCUUGAACAACCUCAGCAGAAGGAUAGUUUUGAUAUCAAGUUGUUGGGUUGGCCCCUUCUUUCCUUUGUUCCUUGGGUGUCAGUGAAUUCUAAAGAUAAGAUUCGAACUCCAUCCACUAUUAACCGCGGUUUGAGAAGGCGUGCACAACCUCGUGGGGUGUUUGAGAAUGGUGAUUUCAAUAACUUUUUGCGCUUUAGGCCAUAUGUUUCUAGGGUCCCAUGGCAUACUGGCGUAAGAGGUUUUCUUUCUCAGCUAUUCCCAAGAUAUGGGCAUUAUUGUGGGCCUAAUUGGUCAAGCGGGAAGGAUGGAGGAUCUCCUCUUUGGGACAAGCGGCCAAUUGAUUGGUUGGACUUUUGUUGCUACUGUCAUGACAUAGGUUAUGACAGUCAUGAUCAGGCUGAUUUGCUGAAGGCUGAUUUAGCUUUUCUGGAGUGCCUUGAGAGGCCAAAUAUGGCUACCAAAGGGGACGCUAGCAUUGCUCGCCUUUAUAAGACAAUGUGCAUCACAGGUCUCAGGAAUUUACUUAUCCCUUACAGAACUCACCUUUUGAAACUGCAAGCAGGACAGCCCUUGAUUCAAUUUGGAUGGCUAAGCAAUGUAAGAUGGAGAGGUUGGAAUUUUCAGAAAACUUAAAAGGGAUCAUGAGCUUUGGGAGGUAGUAACCUACAAUACUCAACUAGUGCCCAUUGCAACAGAUGCCCCCUUUCAAAUUUUUGAUCUCUACUAAAGCUUUUCUGUGCCAGGGGGAAAAUAGCAAUGUUGAGUGUUAUUAGGCUUUUAUGUAUAUAAUUUUUUAAUUGAGACCGUCGGAGAUGCUUCUGUAUAAUGCAUUAGCAUUCUUUUUAGUUACCCCAGCUUUUCCAAUUGGCUGGUGUUAGUAUCUGUAAGUAAGUAAUGAACAAGCUUUUCUUUCUUUUAUCUUUAGUAAGAUGACUAGGGUUCAUGCCUCUUUGGUAUUUGAUUAGUUUUGUGAAAGUGACGUUCUUUGACA